ACAUCUGUGUAGGGAUCUCAACAUGACUAGUUUGCGUAGGCUCAUCGAUGAGGCUUUAUCAGAUGAGGAUGUCAUAAAUCAAAUAAAGUCAUCUAUUCGUACAGAGAAUUCCGAUAUGAACUUGAUGACAAAGUCUCAGCUACUAGAAAUUUUAAGAUCUAAGGGUGUAAUUAAAAUGCUGGUUUCUAAAAUAAAGUCGAAGGAGAAAUUCAAGACCUUCACGAGUGAUCAAAAUAGUUUUAUUAGUACAUCUGAAUAUUCGAAAACAUAUCCUUCGCUCAAAUGGAAUUCUAAUGUAGUACUUGUAGUUGAGGUCCUAAAAGGGAGAGCGUUUACAAGUCACAUUCAGACAUACGAAGACCUCGAAUCUGAAGAAUCGAAAAAUUCUGAUGUCAAUUUGCAAUUGCAUAUUGCCUACAAAAACUGCAGAUUUUCUAGCAAGUUAUUUCAACGUACGACAGACCCUAUUAUCAAUCAAUUCUUCUGCUUUGAACUCCAGUCGGGAGAAAUAAGUAAGGGGAAAGAUGUGACCCUUGAAAAAUUGUUAUUCGACAAACCAGUUGCUUUACUACAAAUCGUGAUCAUUUCAAAUAUAUUAUCAACUGGAAGAAGAAGUUUGGUUUCAUCAACCUACUUUGACUGGCGUCCAUAUUUUAUGGGCAGUGCUAAAUGUAAAGAAGUCAAUUUAAACCACUGGACCAAUAAUGUUUCCAUAGAACUACAAAGUACCGACCCAGACUGUAAUGUGCCGGCAGGCAUUCUUGAUAUACGUCUUUCUCUAAUAUGUCCCAAUGAAUCUGUGAAUACAAAACUAUCUCCUCAAGUGGAACAGACAUUCGAUACAAAUAUGUCUGGUAUAAUUGAUCAUCAAACUUGUAGACUGAAACAAUUAUCACCUUCACUUGUCCAAGCACACUUUCAACUAGAAUCGAAUCGAUCAGUUGAAAGAGAAAAUUCAUUCACUAAUUAUGUUCGUCAAUGGUGGCGUGAACUGACUCAAUUACGUGAAGGACUUUUUUCUGAUCGUCUUAUUAAAAUAUUUGCAACUGAUGAGAAUGGACAUGCACAAUUUGUCUGUAACUUUAUAAAUCCACUUAGUGUAAGUCAUAUACUAGAAACUCCAUAUAUAGCUGCACGUUUUGUUUCAAGUAUCCCAUAUGAACCAUUUUAUGGCGUCGGAACUGGCAUAAAAGAACGUUGGUAUUCUGGACUAGCUUUUGUUUCAUCAAAUCGUGGUGAUGUAGCUGAUCAUGCAAAUUUUUUAUGCUGUCUACUAUUGGGCUAUGGAAUUGAAGCAUAUGUUGCUUUAGGUACAAGUCAACUCAAUAUGAAUAAGCGUCAAAUGGCUACUUCCGCAAAUUUGUACGCAUGGGUUGUUGUUUGUUCUAAUGAUUAUCAACGAAUUACAUUUUGGGAUAGUAUCACUGGUCGUUAUUAUAUUCAUACAAUUGAUGGUUGUGAACAGAAAAUUUUUCCUUCUCCUUUUGUUACAAUUGGAUGUUUAUAUAAUAAUACUUCAUUCUAUGCUAAUAUUCAACCAACUGAUCAAGUUGUAAAUUGUCACUUUAAUUUAAAGGAUUCAUCCCAAUGGCGUCCCAUGUCAUUUGAAGUUAUUCAAACUAUACAUAAACAUUCAAGUUUAUAUCUUAGAAAAUUAAAUCCUCCUAUUCAAUCGAUCGAUGAGAUUACAGUACAGUGUCGUGAAUCUUUACGUCGUUUAGCCAGUAAUUGGCGUAACGAAAAGUUAAACUGUACUAAUCAUAAUCUAUGGAAAUGGGAUAAUAACUUAGAACAACUACUAUUCCCAUUGAUUGCUAAAUAUGAAGCGGACCAAAAACGCUUGUCGAAUUUCGAUGAUACUAAUAAUGAUAAUAUUAUACAUUUACAUGAAGUAUUAGACAAUGAUUUGAUUACGUCACCAAUUCAUCGUCAUAUACCUAAAGAUUUCAUUUUUAAAUCUUAUCCAAUUCAGCUAUUCCAUUGUAAUCCGCAAAGAAUAUUACAAAGUUGUUUACGUUCUCAAUUAUGUCGAGAUAUACUAGGCUGUCGUGGUGAUCAUGUUCAACUUGCUUUAGCUUUACGUAUUACUGCAUACGCAGAGAAUGCUGUGAUUACAUGGAUUAUAUUUGCAUGUUCAUAUAAAUCUAUAAUAUAAAUUCAACUGGGAAAAAACUUUUUAUACAAACAUCAUCUUAAUUGUUUGAGUGAAGCGGCCGAUUUUGCGAGUACAGAUUUUUAUUUGUUCAAUAUUCAAUAAUUUGUAAAUAGAUCUUUAUUUUCGUUGUUGUUGAAUUUAUCAAGAGUACACACGUGAGCAAACCUAUUGAUUUCCUUUUUUGUUCGUUAUAAAAAUUAAUGUGCUUGAUCACGUUGCGCAUAUGUAGUUAUAGAUGGAUUGACAAUUAAUUAUUCCUGAUCACGAUAAUUUUUUUUUGCGUUUAGAUGAUACUGAAAUUAUUAUUAUUACUACAACUAUUUGUUUGCGUCAUUCAAACAUGAAAGUUUGAUAAGCAGAAUGCAGAAUUACGG